AUGUCUACCUCAUUCUCGUCGGCCCACAGGCUCUAUGUCAAGUCACUUUACCGCCGUAUGCUGAAGAAUGAACUGGACUGGGUUGUUCGCAGAGAUAUUUGGCGCGGUCGAGCAAUGAUGAUUAGAGCCGAGUUUGAGAGAAACCGUGACGUGAAUGAGCCGAGAGCUCUUGCCCAGAUCCUUGAGAAAGCGGAGGAGCGUCUCGCAAGCAAGUUGCAUCCCGACCCUUACAUCCCUCCUACUAUGCCAGGAGGAACAAAGUGGGAACGCAAUAUACCUCCCACCAUUGCUCCUUUAUACGAUCACACAGCUGCCGUACAUCAUUAA